GUAGCCCUACCCAUCACUGAUUCCCUCUCUAUCCAUUGAGAAGUUCCCAAACAAAAAACCUUCUAAAAUACAUUUAAACACAAAUGCCUCGUGCGCGCCCCUCGUUUUUGAAUCCCUCAAACUGACAGUAACUCUGCCAUGGCACCGAGCGAUCUCCGCCGUCCGUUCAAGCGACCGCUGAUUUCUGAUCAAGAGAAGCGCAGGGCACAGUCUCUUCUCCGCCAGGCACAGAAUCGCCAAGACGCCCAGCGCCAUGCGCGUUUCUUAGUCAGCACCGUCCUCACUCUCCCUUCCCAAUCCUACGUACCAGAAUCCCAACCCGAACCCGAACCCGAACUCCAAGUCGAACUCGAACUUACCGAAUCCAUUUCCUCUUCGGGCUCGAACUCGCUCGAGAACCUCGAUGUCCUCGGAGCCUCGAAGCUGAAGGCAGCGGAAGCUCGCAAGUGGUUCGCGAAGCAGCUCAUGCUCCCCGAGUGGAUGAUCGACGUUCCCAACAACCUCGCUCAAGAUUGGUUCGUCUUCGCUCGCCCUUCCGGAAAACGGUGUUUCGUCGUUUCGUGUAACGGAACGACUAUUAGCCGUCUGCGUAACGGUUCCAUUCUGAAUCGGUUUCCCUCCGCGCUACCGAGCGGCGCCAGGAAAAAGGAAUCCGGUUCCUCACAGUCUUACUCUAUAUUGGAUUGCAUCUUUCACGAGCUGGAUCAGACCUAUUACGUUAUUGACAUGGUUUGUUGGAGGGGUUACUCUCUGUCCGAUUGCACUGCGGAGUUUAGGUUCUUCUGGUUGAAUUCCAAGCUUGCAGAAAGUGGUGCUUGUGAACCUCCUUCUUAUUAUCACAAGUAUAGGUUCAGUUUGGUUCCGGUGUAUGGUUGUGACUCGAAUGGUCUUCAAGCUGCUUAUUCGGCACCGGUGCCUUAUGUCAAAGAUGGUCUUCUUUUUUACAACAAGCAUGCUCAUUAUCAGGCAGGAAUUACGCCUUUAGCAUUAGUUUGGAAGGAUGAAAACUGUAGUCAAUAUGUUAUGGACACGGACAGUAAAGGACAGGUUCCGAACCAACAGCAGGUGGUUUUGGAGCUUCAAGAAGAUGGAAAACUGACCACUUCGGACGAUCCUCCUAUCGUAUUUGGCUGUUUGGAUGGAAGCUUUAUACAACAGUCAGGGCUGCAUUCAGGAUGCCUUGUACGGUUUUCAAUUGGGGAGGGAGGAUUGAUUUUGAUGGAUGGGAAGCUUGAGAAAGCUGAUCUACAUUAUCUUGGGAAGGCCAACCGAGCUCGUGGUUCCGCUGAUAGUUUCUCUAAGGUUCUGCUUACGACAAUGCUGCAAUUUUACACUUUCAGGUUAUGUUCCAAUACAGUAUUCGACACUCCCCCUUAAAAAUUGAUGUUUUGUUGGAAUCUGUCAGCUCACCAGUUGAUCAAGAAAGCACAGCUUGUGAUGUUGAGAUGGAUGGUUGAUUGAGCCAGCUCUCUGGAUUGCAUAUCAGUUUUUUAUCCUGAGUGCAAUGUUAAGUUUUCACAUUAAAUUUUUGGUUCAUUAGGAUGCAUGUUUCUGUGAAAGCUUCAAUAAUUUAUAGAGGAUUCAGAAGAUUGACGCGCACCACACGUACCGAGACACAGUUGUAAUAACCAUACCUAAAUUGUGAUCUGUAAAUGAAAUUUCUUCUGCCCAGAUGGGAGUUGUGCAUACGCAAUAAUGUUAUAUUAUCUUGUGUCUGGUUGCCUCA